CUGAAUCGGUAGCUAUUCGUAAACAAAUGCGGUGUUGUUCCGUUGAAUGUAGCUUCAUGGACUUGUCCGAGAUCCACUCGACCGGUCAUAAACAAUGACGCCGCCGCCUCCAACUUUCGAACACCUCAACAACCAUUUCACAGUCAAAUUGUCCCCUUUUUAGUCAUAAGAAACCCUCAUAAACUCGCCAACCAAAAAACCUACCUUUACAUGCCCACCGAAGACUCCCCAUCCACAAUGGCUCUCGCCGUUAAAGGACCGAUCCACUUCGGUCCAUUCGUCGUCACAUCUCAGGUCUUCCACAUAACCCCCCUGUCCUUCGCCCUCGUCAACCUCAAACCCAUCCUCCCAGGCCACGUUCUCGUCUCCCCGCGCCGCGUCGUCCCCCGCGUCUCCGACCUCACCCCCUCCGAAACAACAGACCUCUUCCUGACUGUCCGCCGUGUGGGCCGCAUGGUGGAGCGCGUCUAUGGCGCAAGUAGUCUCAACAUUGCGGUGCAGGAUGGCGUAGAGGCGGGACAGAGCGUGCCGCAUGUGCAUGCGCAUAUUAUCCCGAGGAAGAAGGCGGAUUUGGAUGCCCGGGGAGGGACGGAUGCGGUUUAUGAUAUGCUAGAUGGGGAGGAGGGGGACUUAGGGAGGCAUUAUCGGCAGAGGAUGACGAGAUUUCCGGCCGUUGAUAAUGAGGAGAGGAGGCCGAGGAGUAUGGAGGAUAUGCAGGCGGAGGCGAGGAUGUUGGCGAAGGAGAUGGAGGUGGAGGAGGUUGAUUGAGUUGGUGUGUUGUAUGUAUAGAUGGAUAGACCUUUUUUUCUUUACUGUUAUUUGCGUGAGAUACCUUGUUUUUUUCUCUCUUU